AUGUUUAAAGAUUUUCUUUUUGCCAAUGAUGACUACUCUAUCCGUAUCAAUGACGCUUGGAUAAUUUUUUCAUAUUGGAGAUAUGUGCCAGGACGUAAAGUUUGCUUUAAAAGCAAUGCGUCUCGACUGCAUUUAUCGUUAAACGGCUUGCAAAUACAUGUGUACAAUCGCGUACAACGGUAUAAGGAGAUAGCUAAGCUUUUCCGAAUGGAACAGAUUUUUGGAGAUGAUGCGGAAGUAAAGAAACAACUGCCCACAGACAGUGCUGCUCCAUCCGCAUACUGGGACCGCAUAUGGUCACUAGUUGGUGUAAUUAAGCUAGAUAUAUGGUCCGGUAGGAUUGUUGUUGGAAAUCGAAUGCUACCGUACAUGCUUGUUGUUUCACUAGAGAAUAUGAAUAGUAAAGUACGUCUGCGCGAGUCUGUCGCCGAUCGUGCUCUGCUGUCGGUGGAGGGUCAAGCUGAGAGCGUGCGCGCUGAUUUCCUCAAACAUCCGGACUACGAGGGCACUCCUUAUAAGGAUCCACCACGAACCAUGGGUGAUGGAUUUGCCGUACUCCAAAGCGCAUUACUUCACUUUUUCUAUCACCAGGAUAUACUCGGCUAUGUUACUGUGGAUCAGCAGUCCAUAACCAGCCAGCGUCCGGUUUGGGAGUCGAUUUGGCGCUUUGAUCAUAACACUGUAAUCUCCUAUGGACCAUGGGCUGAGCAUCACAGAGCACUACUAUACAACUUCUUCUUUCCUUCAGAUUAUCAGACAGUCAUGCCAGAUGAACUGCCAAUACGUGGAAAAAGAAGGAUUCAUAUCAUGCAUGAUGUUAGAAUUUCGUUGCUGAAGGAGACAGCGGUUGAUAUUUGGUUCAUGCGCGGUGAUCAACUAGAAAGCGUUCACAGUCGGUGUCAACCAGGAAGCACGAUCGACAUGUCGAUAUGGUGGAUAACAAAGGAAGAUGGGUUUAGCUGGAGUCUGCAUACAUCCUUAUUACGACUAGAGAGCACUUCCUCGUUACCAUAUCGAAAGCUCUUAGAAGCUGAAACGUUCAGCGUUGAUGCUGAAUUUCACUAUCCUCGUGUUUUUAACGCUAAACAAAAAUGGGACUUUAAGUUUAGCCUGACAAAAUGUUGUUGCUGGCUUGUGUGGGAUCAUCAGCGAUUUGUAACUGAUCUUUUAAACGAGUUUCUGGGUGACACAACAUCCGAUCUCGUCACUUUCAUACCUUAUACUGUAGCUAUUGAUUUUGAUGUUACCGACAGCUUUGAGGUAAUUUUUAUGCUCAAUCUUUUGCCAUCAGGUUCGUUUCAUAUCCGCUCAGGGAAUUCUUCUCCUAAAUGA